AUGAGUAAACCAAAGACGGCUAUUUCAAGUCUCUCUCCAAGUAAGGAGAUGAUUGACUUAAAGUCUUUAAAGCGCCAGAGAACUGUUGCAAAAACCAGCAUAGUGCGCAUAAAAACGGGUCUCCUUGAAAAGACCAUGUCGCUAGAUCCAAUCGAAUUGGAGUGCCGACUCGACAUAUUGAACUCCCACAGUGAAAAACUCAUGAAAUGUCAGUCGAAAAUUGAGGAAAUCGACGAAGAAGACAUUGCCCGUGGAGAGUUAGAGGACUUAAUUGUAGAAACAAAGUCCAUUAUAAAGUCCAUUCUGGCGAGAAAUAAAUCGUCAACUGCCGAAACAUCUUUUACUGCACCUCACAGCUCGCGACUACCAAAAAUGUCGUUACCUACGUUCAAAGGAGAAUAUUCCGAGUUUAAAAACUUUAUGAGUCUGUUUGAGAGUUUCGUGCAUAAUGAUCCCACAAUCCCGGAUAUUGAAAAAUUUAAUUAUUUAGUAUCAUGUCUAUCCGGUGAAGCCUUAGGCACAGUGAAGUCCUUCCAAAUGUCGGAAGAAAAUUAUCCAAAGGCGUUGGCAAGUUUGAGAAAGGUUUAUGACAAUAAAUGCCUGAUAUUCUUUAAUACAGUGUCUAAACUUUUUGAACUGUCAAAAAUCCAAAGGCCUUCUGCGUCGUCGUUGCGAUCAAUGAUCGAUACAGUGUCUGCAGUAUAUGACUCCCUCUUAUCGCUGGGUGACGAUAAACUUAUUUCAAAUGCGAUGUUGAUUCACAUAGUCAUGUCGAAGGUUGAUCCCACUACUCGGUCAAAGUGGGAGGAGCAACUUGACUAUGAUAAGCUGCCGCUUUGGGCUGAGUGUGAAGCUAUGCUAAACAAGAGAUACCAGCAUUUAUCAGCUGAAGAAGCUUCCUCAUCCCAACAAAGGCCAAAUAAUGAAGAUACGCGAUUUGACUUUGCAAAAUCUAUUUCCCUGUGCAUAAAUUGCUUGCGCAAGGGACAUACGGUCACAAAGUGCAAAGCAAAUCGCUGUGGUGUAUGCAACCGUUCGCAUCACACCAUGUUGCAUCAAUAUCCGAUCUCCUUUGAGACCGAGCCGCAACCUUCGACGUCACAGGCCAUGCAUAUUAGCAGCCUGCCUGACCGAGUCAUGUUAGCUACAGCCGUAGUUAAUGUAAAGGCCAGCUCCGGUGUUUACGUGCAAGCGCGAGCUCUACUUGACUCCGGUUCUCAAGUAAACUUUAUGACCGAAGAGCUUAUGCAGAAAUUGCGAAUCCGUAAAGAAAAGUUCGCUCUAAAUAUAGUUGGAAUUGGCAAUUCAAAUAAAAAGGUCCAAGGCAAGCUUAAAACUUAUAUAAAAUCGAGGAUCAACAAUUUUGAAUUUUCGGCGGACUUUUGGGUAAUGCGUUCGAUAUCAGUCAAUCAUCUAGAACGGACUGUAAACACAAAUGGCUGGAAAAUCCCACAAAAUAUUGAACUAGCUGACCCAAGUUUCUACAAGUGUCAGAGAAUAGACAUACUUUUAGGAGCUGAAAUAUUCUUUGAUCUGUUAUCGGUGGGUCAGAUCAGAACCAGCCCAAGGCAGCCAACGCUGCAAAAAACUGUGUUAGGCUGGAUAAUUUCAGGCAAGUAUGCCACAAAUAAUAGCUCCAGUGCCCAACUCGGCGACCAUUGGAUUAAAACGCAUCCAUCGUCGUUGCAAACUUUCGUCGCAAAUAGAGUGUCCGAGAUCCAAGAGUGGACCCAAAAUGUGUCGUGGCGUCAUGUGCCCACAAAACAAAAUCCAGCGGAUCAAGUGUCUCGGGGUUGUAACGUGGACGAAUUGGGUAAUUCAAUAUGGUUUAGUGGUCCACAGUUCCUCCUAGAAGACCCUGCUACAUGGCCAAAAAAUGUCAACUUCAGUCUCUCUCCAGAACAAGAGGCACUCGAGAAGAAGAAGAACGCAAUUACGUUAACCGCAAUCAAUGCCACAACAAAUCCACUUCUCGAAAUAAUUGAUAGGUUCAUUGGGCGCCGAGGGAUGCCAGCCAAAAUAUACUGCGACAACGCGACGAACUUCGUGGGAGCAGAGAGGAAGCUGAGGGAGCUCCGGGAAGCCUUUCUGGCACAGAAAGAGGAGAUUCUCCAAUACGCCGCCGACGAAGGAUUCAUCUUCGCCUUCAUACCUCCGAGGGCACCCCACUUCGGCGGCCUGUGGGAAGCAGCAGUGAAGUCGGCCAAACAUCUGCUGGUGCGCGCCGUAGGCAACGCGCUGUUAACCGCCGAAGAAAGCGCAACGCUUCUCGUCGAAGUAGAAGCGGUACUGAAUUCCCGACCGCUCGCACCACUCAGCAACGACCCCAACGACGGCGAGGCGCUAACGCCGGCGCAUCUACUAAUCGGUUGCCCCUUGCGAGCUUUGCCACCGGAGAAGGUACCCGUCAACCUCAGCCGCUGCUUAGAGAGAUGGCAGCUUGUUUGCUCUCUCAAGCAACAAUUUUGGCGCGCGUGGUCGAAGAGCUACCUUCUGGAGCUUCAGCAGCGCAACAAAUGGGUGCACCCGCAGCGCAACGUCCAACCAGGCCAACUCGUCGUCGUCCACGAAGACAACGUACCACCGCAGCAUUGGGUGCUCGGUCGAGUAACCGCAACCAUUCCCGGAGCGGACGGCAAAAUUCGAGUCGCAGACAUCACCACUAGGUCGGGUGAAGUACGACGCCCUAUUCACAAACUCGCCGUGCUGCCGGUGGAAAACAAGAAUUGA